CCGGAAAACCAGAACACAAGUCGACUAAUGUGUGAUUGCUCUCCAAAGUUGAGUAGUUUCUCGCCUCUCUUUUCAUUUUUUACGACCCGAAGUUAUUUGAACGUUUUAAUAAUCCAUUGCCAAACAGAGCCAAACGUGUUUCGAUGAUACGAAUGUUAAAAAACGUCAGAAACCUGUCCACCGCUUCAAUGAAACAAACUGAACUGUCAGUACCAGUCCCCUGGGGAGAGAUCAGAGGAAAAGUUUGGGGCCCGGAUCAUGGCCGUCCUGUGUUGUGCCUGCAUGGCUGGGCUGACAACUGUGGUACCUUCAACACUCUUAUUCCUCUUCUCCCUAAAGAAUGCAGAUAUGUGGCAGUGGAUCUGGCAGGUCACGGACUGUCUUCACAUCGUCCCCCCGGUGUUUUUUACACCUUUACUUCAUAUGUGGCUGAUAUUCAAAGAGUUGUUGAGACCCUCCACUGGCGCAGAUUCUCCAUCCUGGGCCAUAGUAUGGGCGGUAACAUUGCUGGAAUGUUCAGUGCGCUUUUCCCUGAGAUGGUAGAGGCUUGUGUCAUGCUGGACUCUUAUGGAUUCUUACCCACUGAUCCGAAUGAAAUGUCCAAAAUAAUGCGGCAGGGGAUGGAUGACAUGCUUAAGUUUGAAAAGAAUCCUGCAAAGAGUGAGAGAGUUUACACCUAUGAGAAAGCAGUAGAAAGGUUGUUGGCAGCAAACCCAACUCUGUCUGAGGCGUCUGCAAGCAACCUUUUAGAACGUGGUCUGGUUAAAGUUGAAGGAGGAGUGGUCUUCUCACGUGACUUCCGUAUUAAUCUGAAAAACAUAGCUCGUAUUAGCUUGGAGCAGAGUCUGGUGAUGCUCUCCAGAAUUCAAGCCUCUGUUCUUUUGGUUCUUGCGGAUGACGGCUUUCAGAAAAUAUUUGCAGAACCCGACCAGAGGAAAUUUGCAUCCGAGCUUCUGCAGGGCUAUAGACAGAAUCAUCACACGGUGGAGAGGGUACCCGGCGGCCAUCAUGUCCAUCUUAACAACCCCGAGGUGGUUGCUCCGGUAGUGUCUGAAUUCCUCCACAGGAAAGUCUUAUCAUCGACAGUCAGAGCAGACGGACUCACCACUAAGCUGUAGGAAGAGCACACCAUACACAUUAACUACUGCUCAUUUCAACGUAUUUACUGUUAAUCUAAUUUUCUUAAUAAAUCUUAACGUGUGUGUUGCCUUAUAUGGCCUUUUCUGCUUUCAGACUUGUAUUAAACGAUCUAUGCUCUCCUCAGGGUAAAACCCCAUAUACCGGACUUGUUCUGUCAGUCCGGGAUGAACAUAAUUUCACAUUACAGGCCCUGGAGCUACAGUAUUUACGCUCUUUUCUCUAGUCAAUAUGGGAAGCAGCCUCUUACAGUCCCAAGUGAUGUCUGUUUGUUUUUCUUUCGGUCUGCUGAAUUCUUGAUUUUUUUUUUUUUUUUUGUUCUGGGCAAUCGACUUGUGCAACAUAAGCAGACAUCGGUCGCUAUGUCACCUACUAACAGCUGCCUAUGAGCAACCCUUUAAAUCACUGACUUUGAAGUCUCCUGCCAUUAAUAUUUCAGAGGUUACAUGAAUAAAUCAAAAGGCAAGUUGCAGAGGAAAGCAGCAGCACCACAGCAGCUCAGGGGCUGCAUAUUAGUAAGGUGGUCCGGCUUCUCUGCUCUGUGGAGGAUUUCUGAUUUGCAUCGCAAGCGUUUUGCAUCCUUGAAUUCAGCUUCUCUUGCCUUACAAGGCUUUCUUUAAAAGCUGCUGUUAAUGUCCCGUGGCGUUUCAGGAGUUUUUAUUUCUUUGGGUUUGCUUUUUAGCUGGGGAAAAAAAGCCAAGAACUGGAACAGUAAUUCCAGAAAACACAAAUGCUUUUGUCAGGGCAGCACCUAAGUGAUUUUUAUUAGUCAAAAUUUUCUAGGCAAGGCAUCUUUAUUUGUAUUGUGCAAUUUAUACACAAGGUUACUUCACCUCAAUGUGCUUUACUAGAUUAAAAUAUGCAUUUAAAAAAAGGCAAAAACAAGUUUUUUUUAACCCUGACUUAAAAAUAUUGUGGCUGCGUCAACUACUUUGGGAAGAUUAUUCCAUUUAUGUGCAGCAUAAUCCCCAAAUACUGCUUCUUCAUAUUUGCUUUAAACUCUGGGCUCCACUAUCCGACCUGAGUCUAUAGAUCUUAGAGCCUGAAG